UACAAAUCGAAUCUCCUUCCUUAAUUCGUAUUCCCGCUAUUCAUUUUUCUCUCCUCUGCAAUUCCUUCCUGAUUCCAGGAAAAAAAAAAAAUCAGAAUAAGAAGAGAAAGAGUGUGUAGUUUUUCUCAUCAAUGGCGUCCGACGGAAAACCCCUGAAACAGAUCGCAGAGUCCUUCCAAGAGAUUGCACUCACUCUGAAUUCGCAAGCCUCUGAUAUUGAGGUUACCCCAUUUUCGCGAGCUUGCUCUCAUGUCUCUGUCCUCUUUGGGUGUCUUGGACUAGCCUUCAAAUUUGCAGAAAUGGAUUAUGUGGCCAAGGUCGGAGAUCUAGUGGAAGCUUCCAAGUCAAUUGGUACAUUGCAAUCCCUACUUGAUGAUGACAUUCAGCAAAACAGUGUGAGAAAAGGGGGGAGUCAUUCUCGCAACCUUCUUAGGGUGAAGCGUGGGCUUGACAUGGUCAGACUUCUAUUUGAGAAAAUUUUGGUGAUGGAGGGAAAUUCCCUUAGGGAUCCAGCAUCAGUGGCAUAUGCACAGGUUUUUGCUCCUCACCAUGGGUGGGCCAUUAGGAAGGCUGUUGCUGCAGGAAUGUAUGCCCUUCCUACUAAGGCGCAACUUCUUAAGAAGCUAAAUGAAGAUGAGGCUUCAGCUAGGGUUCAAAUGGAAAGCUAUGUUGCUGCCUCAACUCCAAUCAUAAAUUACAUCGAUAUACUGUUCCUCUCACGAGAACUAGGAAUAGACUGGUGAGCACCCAACCUGUAUGGCUUUGAUAUCAUUUCUUUUUCUUGACAUAAUUGGAUUGAGGCCCUAAAGGAGGGUAUGUAAAACUAUUAUGUAAACAUUAUUCAUGUAUAUUUGUUCCCUUAAAUAAAAUUAUUGAAAGUUUUUUUU